AUGAACUCCAAAGCAAAUUUAUUUCUCAUUCUGGUGGUAAUCUGUGCUGCUGCUCUCGUCGACCAUGUACAAUCAAACCCGGCCGUUGAUCUCUUCGGUGGGUACGAAAUCAUCUCCGUGUGCAUGACCAACUGUGCCCAGUGCAAACGCAUGUACGGAACAUUCUUCAACGGGCAGCUGUGUGCCGAGGCGUGUCUCGAGUUCAAAGGCAAGAUUGUACCCGAUUGUGAGGAUAUUGGAUCGAUUGCCGGCUUUCUAAAUCGGGCCGAGUUGAAAAAGUUUGCCUAAAGUGGUGUGAAAAAUUGUGGAAACGAUGAAUUAUAGGACGGAAUAUCAAAAUACUUAGGUAUACAUAUAAAUUAGCAAAUAUAAUAAAUUUAAACCAUGAUAGCUU